AUGCCUGACCCAUCAACAACGUCACUGACAACUCUCGAUGCGCUCUUCAAUAAUCCCGUAUUUGCCGGAGGCAUUGGCCUUGCAGGUCUUGGGGCUUCUGCUGCCAUAGGACGACGUUUCAUGAUACUGGGAGCUUCUACCAUCAAACGUCGUCUUUUGGUGAAUCUCGAAAUCAGCAAGGAGGAUCCAUCGUAUCAAUGGAUCUUAGCAUGGCUAUGUCUUCCUCGUCCAUCUGGAGGAUUCAUCGCAUCCAGAAUUACACGUGUCCACGACUAUUCUAUGCGAACGACUGGUGAACAAUUAGAGGGCGGUCCAUCAUCUGCGACAUUUCUUGCACAGCCGGGAUAUGGUAGGCAUAUUGUUCAGCAUAAGAAUGCUUUUAUUUUAGUCCAGCGGGAGAAGCAAAGUAGUCAUAAUAUGAAUACUGGUGUACCACACGAGACAAUUACUCUGCGAACAUUAUACGCUCAUCGACAUAUAUUCGCAGAUAUCUUUGCAGAAGCGCAUGAAUUAGCUGCGACACAGCGAGAAGGGAAAACGGUUGUUUACAAGAGCUCUGGAAUGGAAUGGAGACAAUUUGGAGAUGCGCGACGAAAAAGGCCAUUGAGUUCUGUGAUACUAGACGAAGGAGUCAAGGAGCGAAUCCUCGACGAUGUGACAGAUUUUCUGGGUCGGCAACAAUGGUAUGUGGAUCGUGGAAUACCUUACCGCAGAGGUUAUCUUCUAUAUGGUCCACCUGGAAGUGGUAAAACCUCUUUCAUACAGGCCUUGGCUGGAGAAUUGAACUUUGGCGUCGCAAUGAUAAAUUUGAGCGAGCGGGGAAUGACAGAUGACAAAUUGGCACAUUUCCUGACAAAGUUACCUCCGAGAACGCUAGUACUUCUCGAAGAUGCAGAUGCUGCAUUUGUAAAUAGGAAACAGGUUGACUCCGAAGGAUACUCAGGCGCAACAGUGACAUUUUCGGGUUUGUUAAAUGCACUGGACGGAGUGGCAGCUGGGGAAGAAAGAAUUGCUUUCCUAACUACAAAUCAUAUUGACAGACUUGACGCUGCGCUAAUACGACCCGGACGAGUUGAUAUGAUCGAGAGAAUUGGUGAAGCUACAAGAUAUCAAGCUGCAGAGAUGUGGGAUAGAUUCUACGGCGAUGUUGACAAGAAUGGAAAUGGAAAAUUGCGAUUUUUGACAAAGCUAGAAAGUCUUGGGCUUGUUGCUAACGAAGAAGAUAAGACUGUAGAGCCAGAGCUCCAUACCAGUAUGGCUGCUAUACAGGGGCUUUUUGUAUUCAACAAGGACAGCAUGGAAGGAGCCAUUGAUAUGGUUGAGGGAUUAAUACCGAGAAUAUAUGAGCCACACACUCUCGAAAAGGGGAUCAAGGUAGCAGCUUGA